AAGAAAUUGAAGAAUGUUACCCGAAUUUGUUCAAGCUAAGCAUGAACUUCAAUGCUGAAGAAUCACAAUCUUCAACGAAGACGGGUAGCUGUUUAGCUUGUGGAAAUUGUCUUUCAGGCUGUCCUUAUAAUGCUAAGAACUCAACAGACAAGAAUUACUUGGCUUUAGCAGUUCAGGCUGGUUGUACAAUCAACACCGAAUGCGAAGUCCAGUUUUUAGUAAGAAAUUGUGAAGAAGAUAGUAAUGAGAUUAGCAGAAAACAAAAGCGCAGAUGGCGAGUUUACACUAGUGACAUCGAUUAUGUAACUGCUGAUUUCGUAAUUAUAUCAGCUGGAGUCUUCGGUACAGCAAAGAUUCUUUUUCAGUCAGAAAGAAGAGGACUGACAGUCUCGGAUCGUCUUGGUUACGGGUUCAGCUGUAAUGGGAAUAAUGUAGCUUAUCUUGCUGCUAGUGCAGCUCCACUGAAUGGUCAGGGUGUCAAUAAAGAGCAAUUCUCAAAGAUACCUUUUCAAGAUCGACCAGGACCAUCAAUUUCCUCCUCAUACACCUCUUCAUUGGGGUUCACCAUUCAGAGUGCAGUACUGCCAGCAUCUUUCCCAUCACUGCUAUUCAAGGGAGUAACAACUUAUGGGUGGCCAGUUGGAUACUGGUUCUUACAUGGUUUACUAGACAAAAUGAAGCACAUGAUGCGUGUAAAAGAUAGUCAAGCAAUGGUGCUUAAUGUUAUGGGACAUGACGAAAGUGAUGGCAGAACUACACUUGAAGAGAAUACAAAUAAUAUUUCCUUUUGUCCGCCACAUGAUCCACUACUGAAUCGAAAGAUCCAAGCUCUUCAAAAGCUUACUAAGAGAUUAGGAGGAAUUCUUUUCAUGUCUAGGUAUCGAAGCACGUCUGUCCAUCUCUUAGGUGGGUGCAAUGCGUCAACAGAUCCUUCCCAAGGCGUUUGCAACUCCAACGGUCAAGUUUUUAACCCCGCUAGUCCUUCAGCAGUGCAUCCAGGCCUCUACGUAUGUGACGCAUCGUUGAUUCCAUGUUCUAUUGGCAUUAAUCCGUGUCUUACUAUUGCUACGGCUUCUGAGCAUAUAAGCCAAAGCCUAGUUCAGGAUGUUCUUAGGCACAAGAAUUCUACUCACCCCCCUCAACUCCCCAGCGCUGAAACUGCAAACCAGAUACUGAAGCCAGAAUUGAGGGCGCGGAAAACUGCGGUGAAAUCAACAGUCAUCAUAAAGGAGACAAUGACUGGUUAUUUGGGUGGUAUGCCAUGCAAGGCUUAUCUGACAAUGAAAAUGAGUUCUAGAAACAACAUGGAAUCACGUGAAGCAAAUUCAGCUUUGGAAGAACCUCAUCAACUACUUAGAGGAAGGGUUGGUGGAUAUGUUGUAUUCAAAGCUGUGGAGAAGGAUAAACUUUAUAUUAUCGACGGAGAAGUCGAUAUGUGUAGAAUUGACAACAAGACUCCUUACACGCAAUACAUGUACUACCAUCUCAUUCUGGCAUCAUCAUCCGGCUCAAGAUAUGUUCUUCAAGGGAAGAAGAUAAUGAAUCCGUAUUUUCUAGCGUUGUAUGGGUGGAAAGAAACUACAACACUACAUGUAACACUUGGGGAAGUUAAACGAAACAAUUCAAAAGUGGAGAUGGUAGAUUUAAAAGGCGAGCUACGUCUCACUUUCGGAAAUCUUAUAAGAAGCUUGAUAAGCUUGAAAGGUAACAAGAAAGGGAGAUUUGUAUGUCUACUAUUACAAUCCUUCUGGAGAACUUAUAUCUUACAGACACCUCGAGGGAAUCCUAUAUGCUUAUUAGCUUCAUCGGAAUUAGAGCAGAAACCUUAUCCUCCCAGUGAUUUUCAUGAGAUAGAAACAGAUGGGUGUGCUAUCAGUUGUAGACAGUGGAAAUGCGAACAGAAUCAAGGGAAGCAGAGAAAUCCUGUUCUACUGAUUAAUGGGUACAUUACUGAUAGUUUUUGUUUACCGACUGAACCGAAUGAUCUGGUCAGAACUUUAGUCGAAGAGGGAUAUGAAACAUGGUUACUUCAAGCAAGAUUACAUCCUCUUCAUCCAUCAAAUAAUUUCACAAUUGAAGACAUUGGGAAGUUUGACAUUCCUGCUGCGGUCUCGAAGAUACUUGAGCUUCAUGGAACUUCAGUAAAAGUUCAUGUAGUUGCUCAUUGUGCUGGAGGCUUAGCAAUUCAUAUUGCUCUCAUGGGAGGUUAUGUCUCCGCAUCGCACAUUGCAUCGCUUUGUUGCACGAACUCAUCAAUGUUUUUCAAGCUCACUAUCUCUUCAUUAGUCAAGAUGAGACUUCCCCUUAUCCCAAUCUCAAUGACAAUACUAGGCAAGAACACAAUUCUACCUUUUGAAACUUCAAAGUCGAUCAGUCUCCGGCACCUACUCCUGAAACGAAUUGCCCGAAUCAUUCCUCGGUGCGAAAGAUGUACACUGGACGAAUGUGAAGUAAUCUCAGGUAUUUUUGGUAAUGCAUUCUGGCACAGCAACACAAGUCCAACAAUGCAUCAAUGGGUAAACAAACAAAGUUUACUGAAACUUCCGAUGUCCGGGUUCACACACCUUCGCAAAAUAUGUUUAUCUGGUUUUAUCGUGGAUUCUAGCGGUAACAACACAUAUUUGAUACAUCCAGAGAGAAUGCAGCUUCAUACAACAUACAUUUCUGGUGGCAAAAGUUUACUAGUUACACCGGAAACUUCAUUUCUAGCAAAUAACUAUAUGAAAUUACACCAACCUGGUUAUAAACAUACAAGAGUGGUUGUAGAAGAUUUUGGACAUUCAGAUCUUUUGAUUGGUGAAAAUUCUUCCAAAUUUGUUUUCCCACAUAUUUUAUCUCAUAUUAAAUCAUCUGAAAAUGAAGAAGUUGGAGUUCAAGAAAGCAAGUACAGAAAGGAAGCCUUGUCAUGGAGUAAGGAUCCCUACCAAGAAAGGAACUGCGCAUUUGUUUCUCCUCUGAUACUGUUUUGGUUUUUGAUUUUGUGUUUAUGGAUUGUAAUUCCAUUCUUCAUUUAAGACAAGCUGAU